UAAUAAAUCUAUUUUUGAUUAUUUCUACUUCCGGCACAAAUAAUAUUUUUAGACACCCUUUAGCUAAGAAAACAGCUGUUAACAUUCGUAACAAAUAAACAUUAUAAGUAGGUCACUGAUUUAACAACGUAGUAUCAACAGAAUUUGAUAAAAGCGCAUCAUUCGAAGGGUACGCAUUUAAUUGUCUUAAUUUCUUAUUAGCCAUUUAAGUAUCAAUUUCAUCUCACUAAAUUCACUUGAAUUUGAAGUCUUAAAAGUCGCACUCAGCUGAGUGAGCAGGCAGCAGGCGUAGGAUACCGACACUUACUGUACUAAAAAGAUUACCGUGUACGUAGGCCUACUAAUACUAUCUCUGAUGAUUAAUUUACAGUCUCUAAGUCAAAGAAUUAAGAGUCAAAAAGUAAGACUAAUUUUAUUACAGCACGGCAAGUUUUAAUUUACUUACUAUUUUAUUAUGUAAGUGUAUGCAGUGACUGAGUGAGUAUGGCCUGUAUGGUGAGACUAAAAUAAUCCAGUAUAUAUAUUAUAUAAUAUAGUAUAGAGUUAGUUUUUUUUAGUAGGCCUUAGCCUAUUAGCAAAUAUUAACUACUAACUAAUACUAAUACUAAUUAUUAUUUUAGAUUAUAAAGUAUAGGCCUAAUUAAUUAGUAAUUAGGCCUAUAACCUAAGUUGACCUAAGUCAGUCAGGACAAAUUUUGUCACUAAUUAAUUACUAAUAAUGUAAUUAAAUAAUAUAAAUUUACUUUAUAGCUACACUACAUUACAGUUUAAGGAUAGUUUUUCAAUGCAUACUUAUAUGAAAGCAAACUAAAUCAAGAAUUAUUAAAGAAUUAAGAAAACAUGGUAUGGUCCAGGAUACCUAUACUAUGCUAAAUAUUAAAGUUAAGUAAUAAAAGUUGAAUCACAACUAAAAUAAAAGAUGUAAUCAUGCUACUUUGUCAGUGUGCCAAUCUUGACUUUCUGAGAAAAUAGUUUAUUUUUUAACUUCAGUCCUGGCCUCAGAUCUCCAGUUUAACAGUUGAUUGACAAUUGGCCAUAACCACUGGCCACUAUUAGUCAAAAUGGGAGGCUAAGAAUAUUAGUGAAAAUGUGAGGCUAUAACUAUAAUGUCUUGAAUAAGGGACAAUCAAUAAAUUAUUUUUGAAGAUUUUUAAUUGGUUGUCACAAUUUUCUGAUGAGGGUGUCUAAUUUUAUAGCAAUCUUUGUGAUUAUGAAAUGGGGUGUGUGUAAAUAUCUCCAAAAAUAGCAUGUCAUUUAUGGAUAUCUGAAAUAUCUCCUCAUUGCAGUUUAUUAAAAAAAAAAAAAAAAAAUAUUUUUUUGAGGACAGUGAAUUGCAAUUGGGAGUAGAAAUCUUGAACACCAAUAUCAAUAUAUUAAGCCUAAGCUUUAAUAAAGAGUGUUUCUGGAUCUCUAUUAGCUCCCUUUUUAAGUUUCUCCAUGCUUGCAAUAAGAGACUGUGGGCAAUACUGGAUUUGGGAUGGAUGAGUAGUUUUGCGCAGCAGAGCGCACAGCAACAGAGUCUUAAACAAUUCCCAAGGUGAAAACAAGGGUGUGUUUUACACUGCUUUCCAAGAGAGGGAAAAGUAAUGAGUCUGCUUAACUCCAGCAUAGCUGGCACAACUGAGACUGGUGAAAACUUAAGUGCCAGCAGAAGAGCUUGGUAACUCAGAGGCAGAUGAAUAGACUACAACAGGGACCCAAACUGUCAGCAUUGCACACUGGCCCCAGAAAACAGUGGAACACCUGUUUAAUUUAUGCUCCCAAACUAGACUUGGGAGGCUAGGGCAGCAGAUAUUAUAUAUGGGUGAGCUAAGCAGAUGGAGCUUGAUGCCAUUGUGUAAGCCAAGUGCCCAGGACAGUAAACAGUAAUUUUUCCCCAGCCACUAAAAAACCCACAGACAGUAAAUAAAUUAAACUGUUGCAUGGAAUUUUUGUAAUUUUUCUGGAUCUGCCACUAGCUACUAGAACUGUUCCAGGAUAUUGUUAACUCCACUCUUUGUUGUAUUAAAUUGUGUUUUUUCGAAUGUUUAAAAGGCUCUGAGCCAUUCAAUAUUGAGUACAGAAACAGGCUACUACCUCCCUGGCUUUGCUAUUAAAAUAAAAUAUUAUGAGCAUGUCAAGGAUAGUAAAUAACAUACCAAAAAUGUAUAAUUCAGAAAGUUGUUAAAAUUAGUUAUGAGAUGCAUUUAUUUAUAUCUGUUACAAUAGAUGAAAGCUUUUGCUACUUCAUUUGUUUAUUUUUUUUUUAAAUUUUCAGAAACAUUUUUUUCUAAUUUUUUACCUUGGUCUUUCUUUAGUGUUAAAGAGUGUUACUUUAAAAAAAAAAAUGUGUAAAUAUCAUUCAGCUUAACAUGUGUCAUGUGAAAAGCAUGUUUAGCUAUGUAUUUAAGAAAUAUAAGAAAAGUUUAAAAUAAAAGUGGUGUUUAUUUACUAAAUGCUUCCAGCAGAGAAAGCAUAACACUUGAUCAAGUACUUAAGCUACUGUUUGAACCAAUUCAGCUACAUUAUUUGCUUCAUGUUCAAAUAUUGAGCAAAAUGUUUAAUCACUUUUGACUUUUUGCCAAUGUUUGCUCUUAACAAACAUGUUGGGCCUUUUACUGCUGCACUAGUGAAAUCUAAUUCUUUCACCACAUUUAAUUAAACAUGGCCUGCUAAGUCAAGCCUAGUCAAGGUAUUGAAUUUUUUUUUGUAGUCAUCACCACAACCCAACCCUAUAUAUGCCUGGCUUGAUGAAACUAGUGAAAUUCUUAGUUUAGAUUUUCUUAUGUAGUUUUUGUGGCUCUUGAUUUUCACAAUUUAAAGGUUAUUUAUCUUUCUUUUAAUUUGUGUGUGCAGAUUUAAUAAAUGUGUAAACUUUAUGACAAUAAAAAUGAUAUUUCAUGUGUUGCAGUUGGCUUCAAAUUAAAAACACCUCCUAUGUCAGCGCUUCUAUUGUGUCUGAACCAAGAUAAGAUAAUAUUCUUUUAUUUAUAAACAAAAAAUGGAAAUGUGUUUUGAUUUCAUUGUACAUAUUCAUUUUCACCACAGGUAUAAAUAUUCUUAACCAGACAAUAUUUUUUUGAAAAAAACAAUAAUUUAAACACAAGAAAUUUAAUGUAUUUCUCAUUCUCAAGUGCAAAAGUCAGCCAUCAUAUACCAUAAAACCUCACUCCCAUAGUGACAAUAUUGACUUUAAGAGUGAUUGUUUGAUUUCGUAACAGGAGGGGUAGCCCUCUGGUUAAUUCUAACAGAUUGAGGUACAAAUGAAUUUUACAUCUUUCACUAGCUUUCAGUCCUUUAUUUGAGAAAAAGAAUUGGCCCUGAUUGAGCUGGUCUUAGGUAUCUGUUAUGAAGAGGGUGGGAUUUAUACUCAAAAUUUUUGUUAACUUUCACAAUUUAUGCAUUUUAUUUCAAAUAGUUCUUCAAGCGAAGGUAGUUUAGUUUGUGUCACAUUACUCACUGUCUUGAUAAGUCUAUAUAAUCUAUUAAAAAGGAAAUGAAAAUGAUUGUUAGUUUAGCAUUAGUCAUAUGUCUUGAUAUCAGUGUGCAGAAAAGAAAAAUAAUUUCAUAAAGCAUUGCAAAAAUAUUAUCAGUUCAGAAGAAUGUCAAAUAUCAAAAAUAUGGCUUCAUAUCCAACUUUUUUCUUAACUUUUUCAUAAAUAUUAGACUAAUACUUUUUUUUUUUUUUUUUUUUUAAAGAUGCUAAAGUUUAAAUAAAUUCAGGUAGCUAGAAAUUACAAGAAAUAGUUUUUUUUUAAAAUGGACUUGAGCCCCAUAAAAGUAAACUUUCCCCAAGAAAAAUACAAACUUUGAAUUUUUUUUUUUUUUUUUUUUUUAAAAAAACAAAAGUUUAAAUAAAUUCAGGUAGCUAGAAAUUACAAGAAAUAGUUUUUUUUUAAAAUGGACUUGAGCCUCAUAAAAGUAAACUUUCCCCAAGAAAAAUACAAACUUUGACUAUCACUUGCAUAUCAAUUCUAGUAUAGCCAGUUGUAUUUGUAUUUGUUUUUUUAUUCAUAAGAUAAAAUGAAAAAGUGAGUCUUAUGGGUAAAAUAUAAGAACAUGCAACUCUUAGUUAGUUGUGUUUAAACCAUGGUUAGAUGGAACUCAAAUUUAAUUAAUUAAUUUAUCUUACCUCAUGAAAGCUGUAAGGUUGGAUAUUUGCCUUUUUUUUCAGAAUUAGGUGUUAUUUUAGGUGUUAAGAUGUCCACAGGAGAGCCCACCGAUUCUGUAGCAAUGGCUAAUGGUCACUCAAGCAACACUACUCUCAAGGUCUUUAAGAGGGAUCCCCAACAUAGGUACAAUAUAUCUACAUUGAAAUUAUGCCACUUAGAAUAUGCAUGUUCACUCAUAAUAAAUAUCUUAAUUAUUUGUCUCCUAAAUGCUUUAUUGCUGAACAUCAAUAUUUAUUAGGUUAGAUUAGAAUUGUCCCAGUAAAAAGUUACAUUAAAGAAAAUAACUUUUAACUUUUUUUUUUUUUUCAGAAUUUUUGUUAACCGUGGUCUUCAUCUAGACAAAAUUAAGUUUUAUGGAUUUGAUAUGGACUAUACACUAGCAGGUGAUUAGGAAGAACAUUUAAAAACUGGAAAAGGUUUAAUUUUUAGUUUUUUUAUUAUGUUGUAUGGAAAUAAUUUUCAGUUUGCUUAUAAUUACAUCUAAACUUAAUUCUGUAUCAUAAAUUGAGAAAAAAGUUCCUUAAAUAUUGCAUUGAACAAUCAACUUAAAGUGAAACAUGGUAGUUUAUAUUACAUGUAUUUUGUUGUGUAUAAGAUGGUAGAUUAUUUUACUGGUUUAUAGCUGUGUUUAAGUAACAGAAGUUAAAAAAUCAGUCAUAGAAUAUAACUAUUUAUGCAUUAUUUACUCUUUUUUUUUAUGUGCAUAGGUUUUUAAAGAAAAUAAACACUUCAUGAAUUAUAUGUAAUUAUAGAAUCUAAACGUAUCUAAUUACAGUGUACAAAUCCCCUGUGUAUGAAGCUAUGGGUUUCAAUUUCUUAAAAGAGAGGCUGGUGCAGAUUGGUUACCCAGAAGAGAUUAAACGAUUUGAGUAUGAUCCAUCCUUUCCUGUCAGGUGAAUACCUAGCACAUGUAGCUUAUUUUUUCUUGCAUGUAACGCUUGAUUUGAGCUCAAAGGAAGCCUUGAAAAAGGAUUCUAUGAGUUUAUUUGCUACAUUAGCACCUUUUUUCAUUAUUACAGUUGGACAGUUGUGAGCACAGUGUCCCGGGCCACUGAGGUGGUUUCACUCUGAUCUCGGAGAUACUUGUGUUUAAUACCGUCUCGCGCUCUUGCAGGGCAGGUGAAAUUUAUAGUGACUAUUAAAUGAGCAUACGACUGUUGUAACUGCAUAUAAUUAAUCUAAUUGAGAUUAAUAUUUGUUGGAUUUUAUGAACCAAAUAUUCCAAUUAAACUCCGAAACUUUUUCUGUUAAGAAAAAUAACUUGUCUUUAAUAUCUGCUUAUAACAAAAUAUUAGAAAUUGUUGGUGUUCUGGAGUUUAGUAAUUUUUUAUUUUUUUUUACAUUAUUAAAUGUUUUUAUUUAUUUCAUAUAAAUUUUCAAGAUAUUUUCAUGAAUAAAUAUUUUUUUAAAUAGUCUUUGAAUUAGAAUUUUGAUGCAUUACCAGAUGUAGGUUUUCAAACCAAGUAAAUUAAAUGGAUGGGGAAAAAAGUGAACAAAUUUUUGUAACUCAAUUUUGUACAAAGCUGUUUCUAAAGUAAUGACACAUAGAGAGCAGGACCAAAAGGUUAAAGAAUUUUUUUUUAUUUUGUUUCAGAGGUCUUUGGUUUGACAAAACUUAUGGAAAUCUACUUAAAGUUGACUCUCAUGGAAACAUUCUAGUAUGUGUACAUGGGUUUCAGUACCUCAAACCGUAAGUAUUUUCAAAUAUUUUAGAUAUUUUUAAGGUACUUUGCCUCAAAAAAAAAAAAUUAUUUUGAAUUACUUGAUUGUCAUUAUCUUUUUAUUUCGGUUUUUAAUAGAUAAUUAAUAAUACAAAUUAUUACACCUAUUCAUUAGGCAUGAAGUAUCAGAGAUAUACCCAAACAAGUAUGUGCAAUUGGAUGACAAUCGCCUCUAUGUCCUUAACACUCUCUUCAACAUCCCAGGUAUUUAGAAAAAUAGAAAUUGGAAAUUUAUCAUUUCCAGUAAGGAAAAGUUAGUUGUUAUAAAAGUUGUUUAAAUAAAAAGUCUUAGUAUUUGUCCAGGAUUUUCAGCUUUCCAAAUAAACAAGUGUGUGUUGCUCAUUAUGGCUAUAUUUAUUUUUGACCUAAAUUUGGUCAGUUAAUGUUAUAAGCUGAAUACAUAUGGCUUUCUCUUUCUUAUAGAAACCUACAUGCUGGCUUGUGUAAUAAACUUCUUUGCAAACAACAAAGAUUAUACAAAGUAAGUCGAAACAUAUUUGAUGUUCUUUUUAUUAUUCCAUCAAAGUAAAGGAUUACAUUGAGCUUUGCUUUGAUAUUUUUUCAUCAGAAUGGCAACUGAAACAAGAUGGUAAUGUUUCCUCAGAUCUCUAAUAUAUUCACUCACAACACAUUAUGUAUUCUCCUGAAUUGGCUGAUUGUGAUGACACAGCCAGUAGGAAACAUGUCCUCUCAAGUCUCUCCUUACCUGUAGAAUAAAAUCUCUUUUUAUGAACACUAAAAAAGUAAAAAAUGCCAAGCUGAAGUUGGAUGAGCUGUCGUAUAUUGUGCAAAAAUUAAUACAACAUAAAAGUCAUCUUAUUGUGCCAAAAAAAGAUAUAGCCAUUGCUAAAGCUGGAAAUGGAGAGCUAAAAAUUAUGUACAGCAACAUAGAGAGUUUGAAGAAGUUUAUUUUUGUUUAAAGCCAAAUUAAACCGAAGUAAUUGCUGCAACACUUAUAAGCAGAAGAUAUUUGUGUUGUUUUUUAUACAAGAUGACUUAAAACUUAUGAUGGCAUAUAUGUGAACAGCAAAAUAUGUAACAUUGUAGGAUAGGGAAAAUUGUAAUGACUUUAAUUUUGUACCAUAUUCAUACAUGUGCUGAUAGAGUUAGAAAAAAUUUUUUUUAAACAAUCAUCUGUUUAUUGAUAAUUUUCUUCUCAUUUUUAUUUAAUACAGAACCAGAACUGGUGUUACCUAUGGUAAUGUCCAUAUGUCUUACAAAUCAAUAUUUCAAGAUGUCCGUGCAGCUGUGGACUGGUUGCAUAAUCAUGUGAGUUGCUGGAAGUUUUUUUGCAAAUCUGUAGUUCCAAUUUUGUAAUUUGAUUAUCAUCUAGUCAUAAAAUUUAUGUUUCUGUCUUUGCCACUAAAGUUGAUAUUUCAGAAUAUUUAAAUUAUCUACUUACACACUUUUUAAUUUCUCAAGUAAUGUCAAGGUCAAUUUCAAUUACAAAAAUCACAACCAGGGUUAUCUCUCUUUUAUGUCAUGGGCCUCUUGUAGAUAAUAUAUGUAAUAUAAAUCCCUGAUAGACAUAGAUCUCUUGUAUAUAACAUAUUUCAUAUGAUUCACUUGUAAUUGUUAUGUUUUUUCCUUUCAGAGAUUUAAUUUUUUUAUCACAUGCAAAUGAAUUAUGAUACUAAUGACACUAUCUUUUGUUGAAAGGGAGACUUAAAAACUUGCACCAUGAACAACCUGGACAAAUAUGUUCAUAAGGAUGAGAAGUUACCAAUACUCUUGGACAGGUCAGUUGAAGCUGAACAAACUAAUGCCUUAAAUGUACAUGCAUUGUAUGACUCUUGCCAAUAUUGUUAGGAUCAACUAUCAUGUUGCUGUUUCCCUUUCUGAUGGGAUGGAAUAUCAUUACUAUUUAAAAGUGUAGAUUUCUUUUGAAACAGCAUAAUAUUGUUGUGAAAUAAGUAUAAUUUUUUUCUUUUACGCCUUCUCUCCAUUUCACCGGGAAGUCUUUAUAUCAUGUAAACAAAUGUUUCUAAUUUUGUUCAGAAUCCGUCAAGUAGGAGCCAAGACGGUUCUUAUAACUAACAGUGGCUAUGAGUAUUCCGAUGUGAGUGUACAAACAUUUAUAUGGCUUAUGACAGUGUGAAAUAAGACAUCAAAUGCCAUGAUCUACAUGACAAGGUCCUACACUAAUUUCUUCUAAAUAAUAGCAGUUAAAACAAAAAAAUGUGUCUGGUUUAUAAGGUGCACAACUUAACAUUUGUCUUUAUGUUGACCUAAUAUGCAUAUCAGUCAUUAUGUUGACCAAAUAUACACAUCAGUCUUUACAUUGACAUAAUGUCUACAUCGGUCUUUAUGUUGACCUAAUAUACAUUUCAGUCAUUAUGUUGACCUAAUAUACAUAUCAGUCUUUACCAUGACCUAAUAUCUAUAUUGAUCUUUUUGUUGACUUAAUAUCUACAUGGGUCUUUAUAUUGACCUGAUGUCUCAAUCAGUCAUUAUGUCGAACUAAUAUUUUCAUCAUUCUUUAUAUGGACCUAAUAUCUACAUCAGUCUUUAUAUUGAUCUAAUAUCCACAUUGGUUUUUAUGUUGAACUAAUAUCUAAUUGCUCAAAUAAUUUGAAUCAAUCUUUGUCUUAAUAACACUUCAUUAAUUAUUUUUGGUCAGGAAAGAUCAAUGGUUUUAUACAUUUUUAUGAAAACUAAUGGUUUUAAUCCCAACAAGUGGCAAGCUCAUUUAUCAAAGACUAAAACAACUUAUGGUUUUAAUCCCAAGUGGCAUGUUAAUUUAUCAAAGUAACAAAGCAAUUUAUGAAUUAUGACAUUAAUAUUUUUAAUUAUAUUAUGCAGAAAAUCAUGGCAUAUCUGUUGGACUUCCCUAAGAAGGUGAGAAAACUUCCAAUCAGUGUUAUGUUCUUUGUUGUUGAGGUUUUUUUGAGUAUUUUAGGUUUAUUGAAGAGAAUAUUUACAUAAAAACUGAUAUUGCAAUGUUAGUGUUUGUGUUACCUACUCAUGGUGUAACCCCUCUUUAACAGUACCAUCCUGACUAGGACCCCUCUUGAAUCUCUAACAUUACCAUCCUGACUAGGACCCCUCUUAAAUCUCUGUACCAUCCUGACUAGGCCCUAUAAAAUCUCUAACAGUACCAUACCGACUAGGCCCUCUUAAAUAUCUUACAGUACCAUCCUGACUAGAACCCCUCUUAAAUCUCUGUACCAUCCUGACUAGGCCCUAUAAAAUCUCAAACAGUACCAUCCUUACUAGGCCCUCUUAAAUAUCUUACAGUACCAUUCUGAGAAGAACCCAUCUUAAAUCUCUUGCAGUACAAUCUAGAAUAGGAGCUGUGAUAUCAUUGGAAGAAUAAACCCCGGCAAAAUUUUGAUCAACCCUAUUUGUUGUUAAGAAAUGUGCCAACCACUCAAUGGUACACAAUAAAGCAGACCAUACAGAAUCCUUAAUUUUAGUGUUAAGAAAUGUGCCAACCACUCAAUGGUACACAAUAAAGCAGACCAUACAGAAUCCUUAAUUGUAGUGUUAAGAAAUGUGCCGACCACUCAGCGGUACACAAUUUACCAGACCAUACAGAAUCCUUAUUUGUAGUGUUAAUAAAAUUUACUUUGGUGUCACCAAAUCCCUUACAACCAGUUAGUGACACCCAACUAGUAACACCUAACUAGUGACACCAGUUAGUGAUACGCAACUAGUGACACUCAACAAGUGGCACCCAGCUAGUAACACCCAACUAGUGACACUCAGCUAGUGACACUUAACUCGUGACACCACUGAUGAUAAAGUGUAACUCAAAAUGUAUGUACCUUAGUUUAGAGUAAUUUUACUUUCUAAUCUUUCAUAAGCAUGCCAAUCGCCAUUGGACAACAUACUGGGACUGUGUUGUUGUUGAUGCCAUGAAACCUUUGUUCUUUGAAGAUGGAACCAUUUUAAGAAGAGUUAAUACAGUGAGUUCAUUUAUUUCUUUAAAAUCUUUCAGUAAUUUUUAUUAAAAUUUGAAGGGACUUAAUGUAGACAAUAGCAGUAGCAAAUUCUCCUUAUAUUAAUUUUUUUUAAUAUUUACUAUACAGAUACCAUUUAAUUUUCUGUGCUAAGUUGGUGCUUCAGUUGAUUUUAAUUGAACAUAUUAAACCAAUUACAAAAUCAUUUGCCACCUUUGGCACUAAAAGAUUUUUUAAUACAUUAGUAGUCCAUUUCAACUCUUUUGUUUAACUUAAGAAGUAGCUUUAUUGGCCUGUAGUUUCCUGCAUUGCUACAAUAUUAAAAUAUAUAAUAAAAAUGACAACUUCUUUAAUUUCAUUUCAGAAAACUGGUGCACUGAGCCUUGGUCAUCAUUUGGGACCUAUUAAAAGUGGAGAGAUCUAUUCUGGAGGUUUUGAUGCUUUUCAUAUAUUAAUUGUUGCUAUUGUAUUGUAUCUUUAUGACAAAGAGGAAGUUUAGUUCUCUCUUCACUAUGCAGUAAUCUUUAACCAAUCUGAACAUGAUUGUUACACAGUUAGAAACAAACAACAAAAUACAAUAAGGACAAAUUUAACUUCCACUCAAUCCCUCUCAUUACAUACCCACUUAUCCAGGCCAAAUCCCCAUUCUCUCACAGCCCUUCCCCAGGCCAGGGUUCAGAUCCUUUAGGAGAGUUUUACAAUGGUAUAAUUUACAAGCAAACAUGAAACAUUUUGCUUCGUCGUGUUGCCCACAUAUUCGGAUUUUUAAUUAUAUAUUUUUGUACAUAUUGAACUCAUACUAAAUCUUGUACACUUCCAGGAUCGUGUGAGGUCAUUUCCAGGCUAUUAGGGGCCAAGGGCAGUGAUGUCCUCUAUGUGGGUGACCACAUUUUUGGUGAUAUUCUCAAAUCCAAGAAAAUCCGGGGAUGGCGCACGUUUCUCAUCAUCCCUGAACUGACCACUGAGCUGCAAGUGUGGACAGAAAAAAAACAGCUAUUUGAUAACCUAACGAAAAUUGAGAGCGCCCUGUCAGCUGUAUAUAGGUGAGACUUUUGUGUGUGUGUAUUUGUAAAGCUACUAGCUUAUAGAAUCAAAGGGUGUAACAUAAGAACUGAGGUUUUACACACUUACGGUGCUAUUCUUCUUGAUUAAGAGAAUUCUUUCAAAGAAAUUUUCUUGUCAAAAAUAAGGAUUUCGUUAUUAUUUUUAAAGGGCCGCAAUAAACCGUUUAAAAUGGAGGAGGAACUAAGUAAGACAGUAAAUGUCAAGAUUUGGUUUGAUUAAAUAAAAACUGUAAACCCAUUGUGGAAGUUGAAAUAAUUAGUGUAAACACUUCUCAAUAAUAUUAAUAAUAUUAUAAUAUAUUUUAUUCUCGGGUGCAUAAUGUUUAUGUUGAAUUACUUACUACAUUUCCCAGACAUUUAGAUAGCAGCGCAUUGGAUAGACCUGACACAACGCAGAUAAAUCAUAGUCUUCGAGUAAGUGUUAAUGGAGUUCAUAUUUCUGUCCAAUUUGAUUUGAAAUGGGAUGUUGUAAAUGAUACGAAUUUUAUUAUUUUCUUAAAUAAACUUGGAAGUACUUGUAUUUGUAGCAUUUGAUAUAUUGUAUUCUUGUAUAUAUUAGUUAGCCUUAUAUUUUAUUUAUAUUUCAGACUGUCAUUCAUGAAUUAGACAUGUCUUAUGGCAUGCUGGGAAGUCUUUUUAGAAGUGGUAUGUUAUAUUUUUAUUUUCAUUUGUCAAUAUUAAAGUACAACCAAAAUUUUUGAUUGCGUGUACAAAGACUUGAUUAAUGUGUCACAAUAUGGCUGAUUUCUAAUAUCUUUUAUCUGAUCAAGGAUCUAGGCAAACAUUUUUUGCUUCCCAAGUGCGUCGAUAUGCUGACAUUUAUGCUGCAUCCAUACUCAACUUACUUCACUACCCAUUUUGCUAUAUGUUCAGAGCUCCAUCUAUGCUGGUAAGUUGUGUGUAUUGAUUUGAAUUAAGUAUAUGAUGUGCAAAAACAUAUUGGAUCAAUAAAAGUUAAGUUGGUAUAGGUUAAAAGUCACAGUCAGUCAAAUACACAAUCAAAUACACAAUCAAAUACACAAUCAAAUACACAAUCAAAUACACAAUCAAAUUUUACACAACUGCAUACAACAAAGAUUCUUCAUUGUAACUGAUUAAAAUUACAGUUAACACCAUAUUUCUCACAGAUGCCACAUUUACUCACUAUUAAAUGACAUUUAACACUGUGUACCUCCCAGAUGCCACAUGUGACUAACAGAAUAGACCUUGUUUUUCCCAGAUGCCCCAUGAAGCCACAGUUGACCACUACUCUUGCCAUGAACCAGAACCUCAGGCAAUAGUCUACCGCAGUCGGUCCUCGUCAGAGGCUAGUUUUGACAUCCCUGUCACCAAACGUUCAAGGGAAGCUGUAGGACUGCAGCAUGCUUGGGCUGAACCUCCUCGCAAAGUCGUUCAUAUUCACGAUGAUGCAGACUCAGAUGAGGAUUGCUCGGAAAGCCCCAUAAGUGUGAACAGCAACAUUACCAAUAGUCCAGGCAACGAAGAAAAAGAGCAAUCAACGAAUGAUUUAGUGAAUGAUUAAAAUAUUUGGUGACCUGUCUCUGAUAGUUUCAAUUUAUAAUUAGUAAGCCAUCCCUUAUCCCACUUUGUGGUACUUCAUGAUGAAAGUAGGUUAUUCAGGAACCAAACAAAUCAGCUUUAAAAGCAACAUGAUUCAACAUAAUAUAAUCAAUGCUAUGUUGUUUUAAAUUAAGGUAUCAACUAAAACUAUAAAUAAUCCUCCCAUAAACAAAAUAUUAAUGGAAAUGUUUGUGCAUGUAUUUAGUUUACACCCUAUUUAACUUACACCAUAUUUAGUUUGAUGUUCCCAGAAAUAUAAAAAUAAACUCUUACAUCCAAAGUGAGGAAAAGUUUAUUUAAUACAAUAGCUGCUUAUAAAUUGCAUUUAUAACUGUUGUGUGCAGAAAUAUCUGUCAUAUAUAUUUUUUUUCUUUAAUUACCCAUCAAUAAAAAAAAAUAAUAAUGCGCCCUCUUUUAAAACUUGGAACGAGUUUUGUUUUAAAGCUGGCCAAAAGUCUUGUUUUAGAGCUUGCAAAGAGUUAUCAAAUCACAUAUCUUAAUAUAUUGCUCGCUGGCAUUUUUUUGCAAGGUAAGAAUCAUUUUUCACUUUUAUCAUCUUACUAUCUGUAUCAGUAUCUGAUUGCUUUGUUAUCCCUACCCUCCACUUUUAUCAUUGUAAGCUUAUCUCUAAUAAAUACUUAAUAUUAAGAUAUUUUUAGCGCAAACUUUAAGAGAUUUUUAGCGCAAAUUUUAAGAUAUUUUUAGCUCACUGAUAAGGUUUAACUUAAAGUGGGCAAAAAUUUGUAUCUUUGUUGAAGCUAAUAACUACCUCUGACAUCCUGAUUAAUCCUUAUUUUUAAUAUUAAAUAAAAUACAAGAUAUUUGUCUGCUGAAUUUUCUCAGCAAAUAAUCCCAUAUUUAAUUGUGUUUUGUUAUAUGAUGUAACCAGCCAUUGUAGAGGAUAUUUUAAAGAUUUUAAACCUAUCAUCAAUUAAGACUUUGUGCAUCCAUCACAGUGGCAUUCGACCUGACUCCUGCAAUAAAAUUUGUCUAUGGCAAAAUUGUGUUGCUUUUGUCAUUACAUGCAUUUAAAACAUUUUGUCACAAUUGCAUUUUGUUUUGAUAGUAAAAAUUAAAGCUUUUAAUGUCUUGGUAAUUCUGCAUUUCUUAAAUCACAUGUUGAAGUUUGUUUAAUAUUGUUAUUUUUGCAAGGGAACAUUUAUUUAAUGUUAAGUAAUUUUUUUUUAAAUGUGGAAAUGUUACUUGAAGUUGGACAUGGUAAUUUAAUUUUUUUUUUUUUUCUGGCAUUUUGUAGUUUUCCUCACCUUUCUUUACUUGUGUUUUUUCAACUCACAUUUUUUCAUUUACUUUUUUGAGAGUGAAUAAAGAAAAUGUUUAGUUUAAGAACUAUAACACUUUUUCAGUGAAGCAGUUGAAUAUUGCAGGAUGAUCUGAUGAUGACGUUUUUAAAAUUAUUAAGUUUUAAUAAAAUGCAAAAAAGACGUGAAAAGAACCCCACAGAAUUAUUUUUUGUAAACCGGGUAGAAUUUUAACAUUUAAUUAUUUUAUUGUUUUCAAAUUUACACAAAAAUUUAAAGAGCGUAAAUGGGUCAUACAUGUGCUUGUGACAAAACCAAAAAAAAUUAACAAUUAAAUGUCUUUAAAAGUUGGAUUAGACAUCUAUUUUAGAUUAAUAUAUUUUUUAUAUUUUUAAAACUAAUGUCAUUACUCUUAAGAAGUAAUAUUUUUAUUAUAUUUGUUUGCUUCUGUAAAUUUUAUUUACAUCAGAAAUAAAAUUAAGAUAAUAAUAAUGACCUAAUGCAUAUUACAGCAAACAGUGGGAGUAAGGACACUUCAUCUCUUAAAUGUCAAUCCAAAAAAAACAGCUUUUCUUUUAAAAAAAUAUUUUAUGUCAUAUUGCAAAGAAUAAAUUAUACUAUAUUUCUCAAAAUCAUUAUGUCAUCAUAAUGCUUGAUGAAAAUAAACUUUCAACUGACUUAGAGUAACUAGACAACAAUUGCAAAGUGGUUUACAUUCUAUUGCCUCACUGAACUAAUUCAGUUCUCAUAUUUGAUUUUGUUCAAUAACAUGGUAUGAAUUGAAGCUUAAUGUAAUGAUCAAGUAUUGACUGAACAUCAGUACUCCAUAUAUAUAAGAGACUGGCUAAGAUUUUCAUAUUGUGGGUUGGCAGAAGUGGGAAGUACAAAGAGUAUGUUUUGAGGAUGGGCAUUAAAAUAGAACAGCAUCAUUAUUUAAAACUUUGUACAUUUUUUUUUUCUUUUGUAACCAAGCUGGCCACCCUUACUUUUGAACCAUGCUAAGUUACCAUGUUCCACUCAUAUUAAAUGAAUGAUGAUUCCCAUUUAAUUUUAUAACCAUUACGAUUUUUUUCUGUGCUUUAGUUGGAUAAAAACUUUAGCUUCUUUUCUAGAAUAAAAGUAAUGAUGGCUUUUGCGUUUAACUUGUACCAAAGAAAUGACUUACACUGCUGAAUUUUUCAAAUGUGAAUCCGAUUUUAGAACUUUAUUUUCUAAUUUGUUUAAAAUCUCUGAAAGAUUUCCACAACCCCACAAAAUACAAAUAUGAUUUUUUUUUAGAUUGCGUUACACAGUUUACUGGAGCUAGUAGUUUUUCAACCAAAUGUUUUUUCUUUCAAAAUUCCAGGAUUACCUUUUAUUAGUCGAAGUUACUUGUCUUCUAACAGUUUCUCUGUCAAUUUUGUUUAAACAUUCAGUGAUUAUCUUCCUUCUUGCUCAUUGAUAUAAAAAGUAUUAAUUGUUAAAGCUUGUUAAUCAUUUCAGCAUUUAAAACUUUCAUAGAACCUUUGCAUUUGCUCAUCAAAUAAAAUUAAAUAUAGAUUAAAUAAAGUGUGUCACAAAAAUACUAAACAGGGUGUAUUAAUAUGUGAACAAAAAAAUGGUAUUUUAACUAACAUAGUAUUAUUUACAAAACUUUACUCCAAUGUUUGUGUACCAGAAGCUAAUCGUCAUCCAUUCAGUUUAAAAAAAAAUAAAAAAAUCACUUAAUCUUAUCAAUGGGGUAAUUAACACAACUUUACUAAAACAAUUAUACACUAAAGAGCAGGGUCUAUUUAAUAGACCAAUAUUGUCUUGUUAAUGUCACAGAAAUAUUCAGCUAAUUAAUCCAUUGAGUGUAUUAAUAACAAUUGCUUUUUUAAAAAAAAUUGUAUAUGUAGAUAUAAUCAGAGCUUAUAGGCCUAGUGAGAGAGAGGUGCAGAUGAAGCAAUUUUUAGGGACAUAAGGUUUUGGUUAGUAAUUAAACUACAACUGUACUAGAAGGUAAUUCUACCUCUUAAAGUUCAUUGAUAUUAAUGAAGGAAGAAAGAAAAAGUGAGAUUAUAAAAAUGUAUUUCUUUCCUAAAAUAACUGGAAUGCUUGUUUGUUGUUAAUUUUGAUUUUUAAUUUCCUGAUUCAUUUAUAAAAAUGAACACUGCUUUUUAAAUCAUAGUAUUCAAUUUUGUCUUUAGCUGGAUGCAAUAUUUAAUUUCAGUUUGGAAAGACACUUAAUAGACCUUAGAGUUUUUCAUUUGAGUGAUUCAUUUGAUACAAAACAAAAAAUAGACUAACCUUCAUGAAAUAAAUCCUGUACCCUCCACAUAACCACAAGAUAUUCUUACCUGAUUUGAAAAUAUUUGAUUCUUUUAUUCAAUUGAUUGAUGACAGAAUUGUUAACGUUAACAAAAUAAUUUCCGCAAAAAAAGCAUAUUUAUAAUUAUAAACCAUAUGUUAACAAGCAUAUGUAACCUGAAAUGUGCAAUUUAAACCAAUUUGUGUAUUUUUUCUUGUGUUUUAUUUCCAUUAUUAAUCACAUAACCACUAUUACAGACAUAAUAGGACAUUUUAAUCCGAUUGCAAAAUAUUGAAUUUGAUGUUGUAUACGCUUAAACAAAAAGCAGGGAAGAAUUUUAUUCAACUCCUUUUGUAACAGAUAAAAUGAAACCUGGUUUUUAAAAAAAAUAAAGCUUUUUUUUCUACUGUUUUCAAAUGAUAUUUAGGUGGAAAUGAACCUAAUUUUAUCAAUACUAUUUUAUUUUGGUGAAUUUUUUUAAUAGAAAAUUUAAGCAGUAACUUUUUUUUCUUCUGCAAUCAUCUAUUUUUUGCAAAAUCUUGUACGCAAAUUUUGGAAUCCAGACCGGUGGUUUCAAUAUUCCUUGUUUUUCUUAGGUUGUUUCCUAUCUUUUAUACAUUUUUGUUGACGGUAUUUAUUAUCUUUAUUUUUCAGUUGAAAAUAUCCCUUAUCGACAUAGACCUCUAAAUGUAAAACAUAUUUGUUUCCUAAUUUCAUUUGCUAUGGUCAUUGUUUGUUUUCAUUUUGCAUGGGUUUUCCUAUUAUUAUUCAACUUACAGAGAAACAACUGUCUCCAUAAUUUAUCUUUAGUUUUGUCCUAAUGUAAAGAGAAUCAUUGCUUAUAAAUAGAAAAAAGCCUUGAAAAUAAAAAAAGUCCUUUUUUAAAAAAAAAUGAACACACGGUAAUGAAACUGAACAUGGUAUAAAUAAAAAUUUUUGUCCAAUAAACUGAAAUUAUAUACAAAAAAUAGGUGCAAUUUUAUAUUUUCCAUCCAUGAAAUGUUCUGCGUUCAUUUCUCAUGCACCAAGUAACAAAAUUUUGCAUGUAUGACUUUAAAUUUUGUUUUGGCAGUGGCUAAAUGUUUAACCCCUUAUUUACAUUAUAUUAUAUAGUUAUGUUGGAAAUAUGAUGAUUUAUUGAGAUUCUGCAAAGGUAUAUGAGGUUAUUUAUUGUCAUUUGUUGUCUUGACAUGAGGUUAUUUAUUGUCAUUUGUUGUCUUGACAUGAGGUUAUUUAUUGUCAUUUGUUGUCUUGACAUGAGGUUAUUUAUUGUUAUUUGUUGUCUUGACUAUCGUUCAACCUAAUAUCCUUUAAUGGAUGGCAGAAAAUUGAUUAAUUUUUACUUCAUAUCAAGGUGAGGCAUAUGCUUAUUAUUUAACUGUAUUUUUUUUUUUUAGCAUUUACUAAUGAUUUAUCAGGGUCAAUGG